AUGCCACUCACUCAUCUACUCUCCAUCUCUCUCUUUCUCGUCCUUCUCUUCCCUCACAUCCACACCGUCGAUCUCUCUUCUCCCAAUCUAAGCCCAUUCUGCCACCCAAUCUACACCACACUCUUCAAAACAUGUGCUCAGACCGGUAUCUCCCGCCCACCGUUCGUCUCCCUUCCCCACACUGGACCCCACCCAUUUAAAAAUUUCCCGCCAGAUUCACCCAAUUCAAAUUCUCCCGCCAAAGACGUAGCAUUCCCGGCCCCGCCAGUCCUACCAUUCCCCAGCAUAACCCCAUUGGCUCCCACAAUUCCCAUAUUUCCCAAUUUACCCCCAUCGCCCCCAGCUUUUCCUUGCGUCUUCCCAUAUUGCCCUCCGCCGCCUCCCCCCGCCGUAUUUCCAACCUUGCCCCCGCCCGUGGCGGUGGUCUACCUCCCCCCACCAUUGCCACUUCCACCGCCACUGCCGCUGCCGCCGCCGGUAAUUCUACCGCCUCCGUUGCCAGCUCUACCGCCUCCUGUAUCUUAUGUUCUUCCUCCGCCAAUGAUCCUGCCGUCGCCGCCUUCGCCGGUUCUUCCUUGCUCCUGCAUGACACCGAUGACGUACCCGCCGCCGCUCAUCCCACUGCAACCACCGCCAAUAAUUCCACCGAUCCUUCCACCACCAGCAACGCCCACGGUUUUCUGGGGGGCCCCACCGCCGCCCGCGGCGGCAUUGCCGUACGUGUGGCCCCCGCCGCAGCCCGUGCCGGCUCCAUGA